AUGCAAGCUUUGCUCCCGUUUGUGGUAUUUAUCAUUGCGGUAUAUGCACAAGCUGAAUACACCCCUGAUAACUACCCAAAUCCAAGAAGAGGUGGAUUCAAAGAAUGCAAAAUGCGAUCCGCAAGCAAUGUUUGUGAUCCAGAAGAGACUCUCACAGAAAGCGAGCGUUAUCGUAUUAAUGCAGAGCUCACAAAGUUUUCAAAAACAACCGAAGAAGGUGGAAACACUUUUUGCACCAGAAAAGGAACUGAUGUCAUUUUUGUAAUAGUGCAGGAAGCGAGUCCAGAAUUCGCGAAGCAUUUGAGAGAAAAAUGGGAGAUGGACAGACAAUGCGGGCGAAACGGAAUACUUGUUCUUUCGGUAAACGAUCGAAAUUUGUACGCAUCAUUCGACAGCAGAUCGCCAAUUAGCGACGACAAGGCGCAAGCAGUGAUCGCAUCAACCGAUGAGCUGUUUAAAACUGGGUCUUAUACAUCCGCCGUCGUGCAAAUUCUUAAACAAUUGGGAGCCCGGGAUGAUCUAUACAGCAACACAACAAAACGACCAGUUGAUAAUGAAAAAUCAGCGUCACCAUUUUCAAUUAUGCUAACCAUUGUUGUCGCUGUUUCUUAUUUGCGUUUGUUUUGA